UUUAAUUACUCCAUAAACUUACCUUGAUGUGAUUUGUUAUUAUACUUAAAUAGCUUAGGGAUUACACCUUUUACCCAACUAUUUGUCAGUAGUUAUAUUGAGGUAUUCUUAAACAAAACAAACAAAAAAAAAAAAAGCUGAGUUUAAAAAAAAAACCCAAUGUGAAAAGUAGUCGAGUCAAGCUAGGGCUUUGUAAAUGAUUGCUGAAGUAAAAGAUAUUAGCAUGAUUGAAAAAAAUGACUGAUGUGUGGGGGGAUAACUUUUCUAAGUUGUUUUUAUUUCCAGGUUUCAAUGUAAUUAGGCUACUGAGCGGAUCAGCUGUAGCUCUGGUAAUAGCCCCUACUGUAUUACUGACAAUGCUUUCUUCUGCUGAACGAGGAUGCCCUAAGGGCUGUAGGUGUGAAGGCAAAAUGGUAUAUUGUGAAUCUCAGAAAUUGCAGGAGAUUCCCUCAAGUAUAUCUGCUGGUUGUUUAGGUUUGUCCCUUCGAUAUAACAGCCUCCAAAAACUAAAAUACAAUCAAUUUAAAGGUCUUAAUCAACUCACCUGGCUCUAUUUAGACCAUAACCACAUCAGCAAUAUUGACGAAAAUGCUUUCAGUGGAAUACGCAGACUAAAAGAGUUGAUCUUGAGUUCCAACAGAAUCUCCUAUUUUCUUAAUAAUACCUUCAGACCUGUGACAAAUCUCCGGAAUUUGGAUCUGUCAUACAAUCAGCUGCAGUCUCUGGGAUCUGAACAGUUCAGGGGCUUAAGGAAGCUGCUGAGUUUACAUUUGCGCUCCAAUUCCCUAAGAACCAUCCCUGUUCGAAUAUUUCAAGAUUGCAGGAACCUUGAACUGUUGGACCUGGGUUAUAAUCGCAUCCGGAGUUUAGCAAGGAAUGUCUUUGCAGGUAUGAUCAGACUGAAAGAGCUUCAUCUGGAGCACAAUCAAUUUUCUAAGCUCAACCUGGCACUUUUUCCAAGGCUAGUCAGCCUUCAAAACCUUUAUUUACAGUGGAAUAAAAUCAGUGUGAUAGGACAAACUAUGUCUUGGACCUGGAGCUCAUUACAAAGACUUGAUUUAUCUGGCAAUGAAAUAGAAGCUUUCAGUGGACCUAGUGUUUUUCAGUGUGUGCCCAAUUUACAGCGCCUCAACCUGGAUUCAAACAAGCUCACAUUUAUUGGUCAAGAAAUUUUGGAUUCUUGGAUAUCUCUCAAUGACAUCAGCCUUGCCGGGAAUAUAUGGGAAUGCAGCAGAAACAUUUGUUCUCUGGUAAACUGGCUUAAAAGUUUUAAAGGGCUGAGGGAAAAUACAAUUAUUUGUGCCAGCCCCAAAGAGCUGCAAGGGGUGAAUGUUAUUGAUGCAGUGAAAAACUACAGCAUCUGUGGCAAGAGUACCACGGAAAGGUUCGAACUAGCACGAGCUCUCCCAAAGCCAACAUUUAAACCAAAACUCACCAGGCCUAAACACGACAGCAAGCCCCCUGUGCCCCCAACUAUGGGAGCCACCGAAGCCAGCUCUGAGCCCGAGCACGACACAGAGCACAUCUCCUUCCACAAAAUCAUAGCAGGCAGCGUGGCUCUCUUCCUGUCGGUGCUGGUGAUCCUGCUGGUGAUCUAUGUGUCAUGGAAGCGCUACCCUGCCAGCAUGAAGCAGCUGCAGCAGCGCUCUCUCAUGCGAAGGCACAGGAAAAAGAAAAGACAGUCACUGAAGCAAAUGACUCCAAGCACACAGGAAUUUUAUGUAGAUUACAAACCCACCAACACUGAGACCAGUGAGAUGCUGCUGAAUGGAACGGGACCCUGCACGUAUAACAAAUCAGGCUCCAGGGAAUGCGAGAUCCCACUGUCCAUGAACAUGUCAACGUUCCUGGCCUACGAGCAGCCCACACUGAGCUACUGCGGGGUGCACCACGAGCUGCUGGCCCACAAGGCCUACGAGGGCAGCAGGCAGGAGGAGGCCAUGGACACGGGCCUGGAGGCUGAGCUGGACCUGAGCACCAUCACCACGGCAGCACGGAGCAAGGAGCACGGGCAGCAGCUGCCCUAGGGAAUCCUGGAGCAAGGA